UCUAAGCCGCGCUCUAGCAGCAUGUCGCAGGCAUCGGAAACUUCACAGACGGCAGCAGAUUACAUCAAAGAGCAGCUCAGCCUCGAGGCAGAAGCACGCGAGGCACUUCCAUAUCAAUUCGAUACUUGCACACGCGACCUUGGCCCUCUACGACAGAGUCUCUAUGCAUGUCUUACGUGCAAUCCAGCGCCGGCCUCAUCCGCUCAGCAAUACACACCAGCAGGCGUCUGCUAUUCAUGUUCCAUCUCCUGCCAUGGCGAACACACACUCGUCGAACUAUUCAAUAAGCGCAACUUCAUAUGCGACUGCGGCACGACAAGGAUACCAGACAUGACCCCUUGUACACUCCGUCUGAAUGCAAAGACUGGCCGGAAAGGCGAGGUGACAGAGGACGAGCCGGCAAAGACCAAUACAUACAACCAGAACUUCCAGAAUAAAUUUUGUGGUUGCGGACAAGACUACGACCCUCAUGAGGAGAAGGGUACCAUGUUCCAAUGCCUUGGACUCGGAAGUUGCGACGACGGUGGCUGUGGUGAGGACUGGUGGCAUCCCGAAUGUUUAGUUGGAUUCACUCGGGAAGAGUACAACAAGAUGAUCGAAAAGCCCAAGACAGAAGUGAAGAAUAGUGGCACAGAUACCACGGGCACCGGAAAGGCCGCGGAGGGACAAACUGGGACCAACGUAGAGGCAGCGCAGACGGCACUCACGGACUCGGUUACAAACGGCAACGGCGUUGAUGGGAACGACACUGUAGCGGAAGCCGAUGAAGAUGAGGACGACGACGAUCCACCCCUACCUCCAGGAUUCCCCCAAGAGGACGAUUUCGAUCACUUCAUAUGCUACAAGUGCGUGGAAGCAAACCCAUGGAUCAAGAAAUAUGCCGGCUCGACUGGAUUUCUCCCACCAGUAUACCGCGACAAGACCAUUGCGCUUUCACACGACGAGAAGAUCACCGUCGCUAUCCCUGAGCCAAAAACCAAUGACUCCAAGAAACGCAAAGCCUCGGACGAAGAUGAAGAGCAGCAGCCAACCCCAAACCUAGCAGCUCCCGUACCGGCUAAGCGCCAGAAAUCCGAAGACCCAAGUGGUACCCUGUCCAGCAUCCCUGAAGUUCCCACGGCGCUUCCCACAGUACCUGAGAAGCCCGAAGCGCCCAAACAUGAAACUCUUCCCCCGCUUCCGGAAACCGCUCUCACAACGCCCUUUUCGCUUUUCCUCAAGCCCGAGUUUCGCGAGCACCUCUGUCACUGUGAUAGCUGCUAUCCCCAGCUCAAGAUGCAUCCCCAGCUCCUCGAAGAAGAAGACACAUACGAGCCUCCUGUAUCCGAGGACGGCGAGGAAGGCGCGCAGUCUGUCGGUACCGGCAGUAUUCUUGACCGCGGCGAAGCAGCAUUCAAUAACAUGGACCGUGUGCGCGCCAUUCAAGGAGCAAUGGCCUACGCGCACAUCAGAGACAAAGUAUCUGCUUUCUUGAAGCCAUUUGCAGAGUCUGGCCAGGCCGUCGGUGCCGAAGACGUCAAAGCCUACUUUGAGAAGCUCAGAGGCGAUACCCAGGGUAUUGAGGAUGCUGCUGGUGGCGCAAAGGCGAACCGGGAUGGUGGUGAUGACGAUGAAGGUGCAGGAGGAGACGGAAGGAAAGAGCAGAGCGGGUAUUAAACACUGAUGCGUUUGUAAUAAAACGACAGUGCUGGAAGAGGGGGGGGGUAAUGGGUUUCGUUAAAGGUUUCUCUGCAAAUUCGAAGCGUGAGAGAACAACGAAUAUGCUCGCGCACACACACUUGUAAGCAAGCUAAUAACUAAAAUUGUAAUAGUCGCCCCUAUACUCUC